GAGAACUCCAAGGUAGGCUUAGUUCUCUUCCGUCUUCUUGUUAUACUCAUCACUCUGUGGGACGCGAGACUAUACUCGUUACCUCUUAUUACUAGCUUGGUGUAGACAAGAUGCGUGUCCUUGACAAUUCUGUCGUCAAUUUCGAAAUCUUUCCGGGGAAGAGCGAACAGCAAGUGCAGGGCGAGGGUCAAGAUCAAGCGCAAGGUGCUGCGCAAACCACGCAGGCCAAAGGUGAGGAGACAGCCAGUUCAUUACAGGGUGAAGGACAGGAUGUCUCAAAGCAAGCUCAGGGUCAAGCCCAAAGCUACACGCAGAUUGCACAGGAGCAAGCGCACGGCUUGCGGAAGCAGGUUGGCGAUUAUCAGCAGCAGGGCGCUGGUUACAUCAAAAGCACUGGUGACGCAGCCCAUGCGCAAAGUCUGCAGUACGUAGACGGUGCGACUGCAGGAGCUCACGGCAUGGUCAAGAACAACCUGCCCGAGAGCACUCACGGCUACGCUGGACAAGCGGUAGAUUACGCCAGCAACUUCGCCACAGGCACUGUCGGUACGUUGGGUGGCGCGGUCAAGGAUGUCGGAGACACUGUAGGCAAUGCUGGCUACGAAACCGUCGCUGGACUUGGUAAGACCGGGUACAACCUCGCCAGUGGGCUUGGGAGUGCGGUCACGGGGGGCGGGAACAAGGUUGAAGAAGGGACCAAAGCGGAAAGUAAAGACGAUACCACUGGAUCAAGGAAAGAAUAGCUUAUCCUUCGUUAGCUUGCGAGGCUAUAUACUCCCAGCCGACUCUAAUUAACGUACAAAGUGCUGCAACGCGGGACUUGCGUAGCAAGAGGCCAGUGUCAUAAUGAACGAAACCUCGUGGUCUGAGAUGAGUUCGGCAAGUCCAAUUUCGCCGUCUACCUACGGCUGCAGGAAGACACGGUGGUCUCUUGCACAACCUGUAUAUCGGUGCACCAUAACAAUGCAAGACCGGGUGAGGUAUUAAGGAACUGAGCGCCACGAUACAGGCGCUCCUAGUCACGAUAACGCCACACAAAGAGU